AAAAUUUGUUUUUGUUCUCGUAGUCUUAUCGAAAAGUAUAAUAUUGGUCUAUAAACCAACAAUUUAUUAUAUAUUUCUAUAAAGAUAAAUUUAUUAAUUUACAUGUUUUUAUGAAAUAUUUUAAACGAGUUUACUCUUGACCUUGAAAAGCUUUUAAAUAUUAAACCUAUUAUGACGCAAAAAGCACCCGCUGGACAAGCUAAGGGUUAAAAGUCGUCAGCUGUUUUUUAUGAACAAAGUUCAGCGGUUUCUGGUUUUGUGAUUGCCGAAUAAUUGCGGCUGAUUAGAUUGUUUAUGAAAUCUCGAAGGGAGGACAGCUAAUUUCGCCAUGCUCCGUUCGGGCGGUAGAUUAAUAUUUACCAGGUUCUCCAGCAGCAUGAAGGUGAAAGUGCCAGUGAAACAAGGAGUUGUAGUGGGGCAGCAAAAGAAACUGGCCAGUGGACUGGAAUACAAUAGUUUCUUGGGAGUUCCCUAUGCUGAACCACCGCUGGGAGAGCUUCGUUUUCGAAGCCCUCGGCCGCUACUGCAAUUUAAGGAGGCUGAACAAGACUGCAGCAAGGAGGGUAAUAUCUCCCACCAGCGAGAUCCGUUCACUUUAGAGGUAGCCGGUUCAGAGAACUGCCUUUUCCUAAAUGUCUGUCCUAAAGCCAGGAAUUCUGGGGCUCCUCUGCCUGUAAUGGUCUGGAUUCACGGAGGAGGGUUCUUCUUUGGCAAUGGCAACAGUGACUUUCAUUUUCCCGCAAAGCUCAUGGAGCAGGAAGUUAUUGUGGUCACCCUGAAUUACCGGCUUGGUGCUCUCGGAUUUCUUAGUUUACCCGAGGAGGGAAUUCAUGGCAACAUGGGACUUAAGGACCAGCGUCUGGCCCUCCAGUGGGUGCAGGAUAACAUUGCCAGCUUCAACGGCGAUCCCAAUAACGUAACUCUGUUCGGCGAGAGUGCGGGCGGAGCUUCAGUGCAUCUGCACACCUAUGCCCGUCAUGCUAACCGGCUUUUCCACAAGGCCAUCAUGCAGAGUGGAACGGCCAACAUGGAGUGGGUGUUUCAAAACGACGCGGCAGCUAAAACUCGUCGUCUGGCGGGGCUCCUGGGUGGUGGUGAUUUUGGUGGCGACACCAAAUCCCUUUUGGCCUUUCUGCAGUCGGAGAAGGCAACACCCACUGGCAUUUUGUCGAAUACAUUGAAAGUCCUCACUCCCGAUGAACGGCGACGCCACCUGCCAUUUGCAUUCAAGCCAGUCGUGGAGGAUAGUAGCAGUCCGGAUAGCUUCCUGGACCAGAACAUCCUGGAUCUAAUGCACAAAAAAGACUUCCUCGGAGGAAUGCCAGUGAUCAUGGGCUACAAUUCGGCCGAGGGACUAGCCAUGGUGAUCAAGGCCAAGCAGAAAAUAGAGGCCUACGAGGACGAUUUGGCCAGGAUGGUUCCCAAAAAUUUAGUGCUGAAUCCACAGGCUCCAGAGGCCCAAGAGGCUGCUUCCGACAUAAGAGCCUUUUACUUCAACGGGAAAGCUUUGACAAAGGAUAAUCUGGAUAAUAUGGUGGACCUGUUUAGCGAUUAUCACUUCAGUAUGGAUUUGCAGCAUGCAGCGGAGAUUCACGCCUGCUGCCAGACAAAGUCACCUCUGUACUUCUAUCGUUUGGACUACGUGGGCGGUCGCAAUAUGUACAAGAAAAUCUUCCAGAACGAGGAUCUCCGUGGAGUGGCACAUGCCGAUGAUAUCUGCUAUCUGUUUCAGAUGGCGGGUGACGAGUCCGAGAUGAGAAAGGAUGACCUUCUGGUUACGGAACAACUCUGUAAGAUGUGGGCGAAUUUCGCGCGCGAUGGAAAGCCAUUGGAAAAUUGGACACCUGUCCAGAAACCCCAGCCAGGCAAACAAUUCCAGCUCGACUGUCUACUUAUCGAUCGGGAGCUGAAGAUGUGCGCCAACCCUGAUGGGGAAAGAAUGGACUUCUGGCGCAGCAUGUACAGAAGAUACAGGAGCAAGUGCUACGAAGCUCUGAGAGCCAAGCUCUAGGUCCAUAGUUAGUAAGCAAAAAAGCAAUAAAGAAGCAAGUAGAUAUUUGUAGAAAUCGGAAUUUUAAAGCGAUAUUCAUCAGAAAUUUCCUUUCACAGAUAUUAAAUAAUAUCUUCUUUAAGAGGGUCUUUCUAAGUAGUUUAAAUUAAAAUUACUUUGUUUGAAAUGAUGUGAUUUUAAUAAAUACAUUUAUUACCAGAUCGUAA